AUGUCGGAAGUCUUCGGCCGAUGCGGCGGCUUCCCGGAUCGAUCCCUAUAUUUCAAUUUGAUGGCCAUUUUUGGUUGGAUUUGUAUGCCAUUAUCGAUUAUUUGUGCCUACUGUAUCAUCAAAAAGUCGCCUCCCGCAAUGAAAAUGUACCGCUUGUCGCUGCUCAACAUUUUGUUCUGGUCAGUUUUGUUUUUAGUUUGGUCUUGAGACAUUUGAUGUCUCUGAAUUUUCGCGCUUUUUUUUUCUAAAGAAGAGAGCGCAGACAAGUCAGGGUGUUUGAAACUAUGGCAAAUAAAAUGAAGAACCUAAAAAAGUACUGUAAUCAUUUUUGCGAGUAAUAAAAUUGACGAAAAAAAAAAUACACCUGUUCUUUUACUUCCGUAACUUGCACCUGGAAAUUCAAAAAAAAUUUUUUUAUUUUGGAAGUUAUUCUUCGAAUUUUUUUCCGAAUAAAAAAUUUUUUUUUCACAGUGUUGAGCUUCAUUUUGAUCCCAUGCGAGAGUUCGUCUUUUUUGAAUCGAAUGGGUCCAAUUUUUCAAGCUAUUUUGAGCUCGAUUUCAAAAUUUUUGGCAAAUACGGAGCCGAUUUGAGCUUCGGAAGUAUUCAAAAAGUAUUCAGCUCGAGUUUUAAUUUUUUCACAGAGCUUUAGCUUAAGUCAAAAUCAAAUAUUGAAACCAAAAAGAGCCUUCAAAAAUAUUUAGAAGCCUUACAAGGACAUCACGACGUUCCCAAACGGGGUAAGAAGACGUCAGAAAAAAUUUGGCGCGAAAAUUGAGAUUUCAAGUGCGCAGCUAAAGGCGAUCGGACAAACAAGUUAUUAACGUUGAAUAUUCAGUGUAGAAUGACGUCAUUUUAUCCGAAGCGCGCACUUACUUUUUUUGUAAAUUCAGAAACUUUGAAGCCUCCCUCCCCCUAUUAGGAAUGCCGUGGAAGUUGUUGAAUUAUUGUGAAUUUAAAUAAGAUUCCUUCAAAUUACUAUGACGAGUGUAUCAAUUUUCAGGAGUACGGCUUUUUGUUGGAUGAUGGGUUUCGGAGCCCGUCCCGUCUUUUUUCUACCCUAUUUCGGCGGUUUUGCGACAGGUUUUUUGCGCUCCAUGGGACUGUCUACAAGGUUCCUCGCACAAGCCACUACAGGCUUCUUGGGAGGUCCGCUCAAGACUUUAAAAUUGUAUUACGAUUUUUUCAGGCGUUGGAGCAUCAGUUGUCACCGUUUUUGGAUAUCAACAUCAGUCAUUCAUACCCCACAGUCAUGCGAUGAAACUUGGAAAAAGGACCAAAGUCGUUUUUCUGGCUGUUUUAUAUUCAUUGUACGUAUUUUGUUGUUAUUGGCCGACGCUUUUUGAGCCGGAUCAGCACAGAGUGAGAUUGAUAAUUGCAAAGGUGAGACAUUAGUUAUAGAAAGUAUGUUUUGUUUAUUUUGAGGACUCUUUUUAUAAGCUGUCUCGGUAACUUUCAAAAAUUCCAGAAGCAAAGAGUAAAAAAAUUUAGAAUCGAUGAAAAUUCACUCACAAUCGGUAUCAUCAACUUUUUGAGCUACCCGUUGUUUUUUUGAAAAUUACAGAGAAAACGUGCAUAGGCGACGUCGGAAAGGGUGGAAAAAGGCUCCAUAGAAAUGUUACUUUUUUCCUGCCUUUUUGCGCCAUGGCUAUUUUGCACCAUUUUUGCUGCCCCUCCCCUUUCCCACCAUUUUUUGAGUCCUAGAAGAAAUGGAAGGCUCGAUAAAGGGACCCUUUUUGCAGUCUUUCUGUGGCCUUUUUGGAGCCUUUCUGGAGCCUUUUAGCGGCCAUCCGACUUUUCCCGAGUGUUGAGUUUUUUUUUUCUAGUUUCGCAAAAGUUUUUUCUGCUUAAAAAUCAGAUUAAGCAGACCAAAAUCUGCUAAAAACCAGGUUGAGAAGGCCAAAAUUUUGAACCUUCCGACGAAAAAUCGAUUCGUAGAGUUUUAGACUGUUUAUCACGCUUUGGGAGCUGCAAGUUUCGUGCCAACUUGCAGCUCCCAAAAGAUUAGAAAGCCAAAAGCUCAAUUUUUUCGCCGAAUUUGCAGCUCCCAUCAUGAUCUUGCAGAUCAGAAUCAAUAAACUAAUUGAAAAGAAAGGAAGUUUUAGACUUGGCCGACAAUCGCCUGCGACUUUUGGGGUCCUGAAUAUUAUUACAUUUCCGACAAAGAGUUGGGCCUCGUCCACGUCUAUUUUCUAUGUUUGACUUGUUCCUCUUUCGUUCUCACAAUUCCUCUGGCCUACCAUUCUUUCACCUUGAUUUCUACCUAUGCUGUGUCAGAAGCCACGAGGAGGGCCAGAAAGAACUAUAUUCGGCAGCUUUUGCUCAUGGUGGGUCUUGUAGUUUUAUAGCCAAUCCUUCUUGAAAAGCAUGAUCUACAUAAGCACCUUUGAGCGUGUGUUUUGGAUCAAAAAUUUUCCAUAAAUUUUUCCUAAACGGGUAGCCACGGUUUCCUUUUUACUACCUUUUUCCGUCCUUUCAUCGGCCUUUCUCCACCCUUUUUGGACCCUUUUGAGAACUACAAAAUUUUCUAUAAUGGAGAACCAUUGACUGUCUAUAAACUAAAAUGUGCGACCGUAAUAAAAUCGGAAAUCAUCGAUGACCAAGACUUUCAGCACCCUUUUUGCACCAUUUUUUCGGCCUCUUUCUUUUUUUCAGCCCCUUUUGAGUCUUUUCAGUCCAUCAAGAAAGAAAGGCUCAAUAAAGGCCGCAAAGUGGAACCCUUUUAGCGGCCAUUUUGCACCCGUUUUCCGCACUUCCGACUCUGGCAGUGUAUAUUUUAAAUUUGACCUCAAGCUCCCCGCCAUAAGGCCGCGUCGCGUACGCAACGCUUCACCCUUGUCAAUCUACAUAUCUUUCCUUACAAGUCGGAAAGUAAUUCCGUGAAAGUUGGGCCUGUCUGCGUCUCACUUUCUCUAACUGAAUGAAACAAAAAAGUCCGAUCGAGAAGGUGCAGAUAUGGUCUCAAAGCGAUUGCAAUUCAAGAUUAUAUUUAACUGAUAAAAAUGUCUGUUCAGGUAUUCCUACCGGUCGUCUUAGGAGUCUUCCCGAUUCUCUUUUUUCAAACUGGCUACGUCCUUCUGGACCAGAAGAAUGAACGUCAGUCUUUGAAUCAAAGAAUUAUUUCUUCAAUAACCCAUUUCCAGGGAUGUCAUAUUGUUUCGUGGUUUUAUCGUCACACGGUCCUUGUACUGCAUUAUUGAUUAUGGUGGUUCAUCCGCCCUAUCGGACAGUUCUGAUAAAGGUUUUCCGUUUCAACGGGAAGAAGGAAGGUAUUUAUGAAGCACAGGUGUUGUUUUACCUGAAUUUUCCUCGUUUUAGAAGAACAUUCAACAGUUUUUAAUUCAUCUAUACAGAGAAGUACCACUUUGAAUCAACGGGGAAUGCGAAGCUUGUAAACUGACUUUAUUCUACUGGUCACAUGUAGAAUGGCUCAACGCGUUGCGGUUGCGCAGCGGCUCACGUACAAAAUUCAAAAGUGAUGUCUGAGAAUUGGCGAAAGUCGUUUUGAGGUCGGUAACUUCCUCAAAAUACCCUGCCGCAACGCGUUGAGUCAUGACCUUCUUUUUAACAACAUUGCCAAAAAAUGA